AUGGGUGAUACAGCAAUUGAGCAAGACCAGAAUUUCGACGGGGAUUUCGAACCUGGCGAUAACAGCCCUGAUUUUCCUUCCGGCGGGCUAAGUUGGGAUUUCGGAUUGGCCCCUGCUGGAGACGCAGGCAGUUCGUUUCGCGUGCAGAAUGACCCGCGUGCGCCUUAUCAGCGCAGCAACGUGAUCGAGCGUAAAGGUACAAUCGACAUCCGCUGUUCUUGUCUCGACGUGAUUCAUGGCAUAAUGAGCGAGCAUGGAGACGAGCGAUUUGCAACCCUGCUCGUGCUUGAAUUCCGGUUUGACGUGCGGAAACGCGCCCGGCGAGUUGAAGGGGUCCAGAUCGCCCUCGAAUUUAAGGCUCGGGAGGCAGGCGAGGACGGUCCUGAAGUCUAUAAGAUCGCUCCAGAUGGUAACUUCAGCCUUGUCCCCACAAACCAACGAGAAGAGAUAAAGAGAUCGAUUGAGGGCCAAGCGGGAGCUACAGCACCGGUGGGAGGACUCAGUAUCACCGGGACGGUCGGUUGGGAAAAGACCACCAGCCGCGAGACGGAGGACCACUGCACGGUGGUGGGAUCGCGGGACUUGGUGGGCCGCAAUUGGGGGCCGGCGAACAGCGCAUCCUGGACGCUUUUGGAGAACUCAUCCGCCAAGAGUGGCGUUCCUUCCUUGCUACACACCGCCGUUCUGCUACGGAGGGAGGAUGAGCAACCAUUCGAGUGUGUGGUGAAGCUCACGGCCGAUGUUGUCACCGGUUGGCGGGAGCGGCUUUGGGGAGGCAAAGGACGAGUCCCUAAAGAUGAUCCGGUCCUUUUCGACCCCCUGCUGGACCCAACAAACUAUUUGCAGGAAUAUGAUGUCUACAAUCUGGAACAGGUUGAUUUGGAGGGGCUGUGCAGGAUCACGCACAAGCGGCAUUGGCAGGACGCACCUAAGCAGUAG